GGCGCAGCGGCAAAUUUGGGAGCUGCCCGAGCGACCUGAGAUCCAAUCGGGCAGAUUUCAGGGCCCCACAAUAGGCGGUGCCCCACUCAGAGGCCUGUCCCUGCCCAGCGCGCUCGGGCAGGGGCGGCGGUGGCUCGAUUGGGACGGAUACUGCGUUGAAUUUGACUUUUCGCGGCCGGCCCGGGGUAAGCUCGCAUCUCCGGGGACUGCAGGAAUUAUUUACAGGGAGCUCGCCAACCAAACACAACAGUCUAAUUUAACCUUUCCAAGUCCUCGUAAAUUUUUACAGCUGGGAGCCACGGCGAAGCAAACGAAUCUGUUGGUCGUUCCCAACUUCCCACCAGCCUGUGUGGCUUCUGAAACAAUAACUCCUUAUGAAAUAUCAUAAAUAUAGAUUUAAAUACAGUAGAGCGAGAAUGCGAUUUGGCUGCUUUUUUAUGGCUUCAAUUAUUGUCUAAUUUUAUGUGAGGGGCUCCACUGGCCGCACUCGCACGCGGGACCCGCGCCUUGCUGAUGGCGUGAUUAAUUGUGAUAUAAAAUAGUCCGCUUAAGAAGUGUGUGUCUGGUGGUGGCGGUGGGUGGGGAGGAGAGUACAGAGGCAAGGCCAGAUUUGAUCUUUUAAUCUUCGUUGGCCACAAUUAAAACAAACCCGAUCGUGGAGCGCCGCGAUCCCUUUGCAUAAAAACAUAUGGCUUUUGCUAUAAAAAUUAUGACUGCAAAACACCGGGCCAUUAAUAGCGUGCGGAGUGAUUUACGCGUUAUUGUUCUGCUGGGCGGGCACGUGACGCGCGCGGCCAAUGGGGGCGCGGGCGCCGGCAACUUAUUAGGUGACUGUACUUCCCCCCCCCCCCCGGUGCCACCAAGUUGUUACAUGAAAUCUGCAGUUUCAUAAUUUCCGCGGGUCGGGCCGACCGGCCAGGCGCGGGGCACAGCGAUGGCCACCACCGGGGCCCUGGGCAACUACUACGUGGACUCGUUCCUGCUGGGCGCCGACGCUGCGGACGAGCUGGGCGCGGGCCGCUACGCGCCCGGGGCCCUGGGUCAGCCUCCCCGGCAGGCCACCGCGCUGGCGGAGCACCCCGACUUCAGUCCGUGCAGCUUCCAGUCCAAGGCGGCGGUGUUCGGCGCCUCGUGGAACCCGGUGCACGCGGCGGGCGCCAACGCGGUGCCCACUGCAGUGUAUCACCACCACCACCACCACCCCUACGUGCACCCCCAGGCGCCCGUGGCGGCGGCGGCGCCGGACGGCAGGUACAUGCGCUCCUGGCUGGAGCCCACGCCCGGCGCGCUCUCCUUCGCGGGCUUGCCCUCCAGCCGGCCUUAUGGCAUUAAACCUGAACCACUGUCCGCCAGAAGGGGUGACUGUCCCACGCUUGACACUCACACUUUGUCCCUGACUGACUAUGCUUGUGGUUCUCCUCCAGUUGAUAGAGAAAAACAGCCCAGUGAAGGCGCCUUCUCCGAAAACAAUGCUGAGAAUGAGAGCGGCGGAGACAAGCCCCCCAUCGAUCCCAGCAACCCGGCUGCCAACUGGCUCCACGCGCGCUCCACGCGCAAGAAGCGCUGUCCCUACACGAAACACCAAACGCUGGAACUGGAGAAAGAGUUUCUGUUCAACAUGUACCUCACCAGGGACCGCAGGUACGAGGUGGCCCGACUGCUCAACCUCACCGAGAGGCAGGUCAAGAUCUGGUUCCAGAACCGCAGGAUGAAAAUGAAGAAAAUCAACAAGGACCGAGCAAAAGACGAGUGAUUCGACUGGAGUUCAUUUAGAAAAGAGAGCGCGAGCUAGAGAGAAAGAGAAAGGACUGCCCGUUGUCCCCUUCUCCCACCCCCAUCCCACCCCAGCCUCCACCACCCCGCACAAAGCGGCUCUAAACUCCAGGCCUCAUCUCCCCCUGGCAGACCCGGCUCAGGCUGGUUCCUCAGCCUGCCGCUUUCAAGGAGGAGGUAUUGUAAGCUUUCCAUUUUCUAUAAGAGGAAAAAAAGGUGUGUGUGUGGGGGGGAGAGCAUUAGUGCUGAUGGCUGUGUGUGCUAGCUUGUAUAUAUAUUUUUAAAAAUCUACCUGUUCCUGACUUCAAACAAACAAACAAAAAAAAACUACCUUUUUGUAAUGCACAACUGUUGAUGGCGAGCUGUAUAGUUUUUAGUCUGUGUAGUUAAUUUAAUUUGCUCUUUGUGCGGCAGAGUGAUCUGCCCAGAUACUUGAACACUGUGUUUUAUUGUGGUGAUUAUGUUUUGUGACUCAAACUUCUGUGCUGGGUGACGCACCCGUUGUGAUUGUGAAAGCUAGAAAAUUCAAUUUCAACUCAGGUUGUUGAUGAGGGAGAAAAACAGUUGCAUAGAGUAUAGCUCUCGGUAGUGAAAUAUGUCUUCUGUAUAACUAGGCUGUUAACCUUUGAUUGUAAGCUAGCUGUAAGGAUUUCCCAGUAAAAUAAAAUUUUAAAAGAAAGAAAAAGUGUUCUCCAGGAUGCACAGAUUCAUGGGUUUUCUCCUCUUUUGAAAUGCGGGCAUUUUAGUCUCUACAUACUCUAUAGACCUGUCUUAUCCAUUGUAUAUAUAAUCCACAUAUUAAAGAAAAAUUAAUCAGACAAGCUUGCAUAUUGUUCUUGCACCGGAUGAACAUGGAGGAAAUUCGGAGCUAUACAUAUGUGCAGAAGGUUACUACCUAUGGUUUACAUUUAAUUUUAGUUGGGGGGAAAAUGAAUGCUUAUUGUAAUGGAGUUAAUUUUAUUGAUAAUAAAUUAUACACUAUGAAACCGCCAUUGGGCUACUGUAGAUUUGUAUCCUUGAUGAAUCUGGGGUCUCCAUCGGGCUCAACAUACACUGUAUAUUUUGCAAUAGUUACCUCAAGGCCUACUGACCAAAUUGUUGUGUUGAGAUAUUUAACUUUUUGCCAAAUAAAAUAUAUUGAUUCUUUUCUAUUUA